AUGCAGGAAGAGGAUCCAGCAAGUAGCAAGAUUUACGUUAAUGCCCUUUUCCCAGGUAACAUCGUUACCAAUCAGUGGAGUGUCUGGGAUGAGUAUGUUGGAGAAGCCCUGGGUUCCUUGCUUAGGCACCUAUUCUCAAUCAUUGGUCAGAGCUUGGAAGAUGGUGCUGCAAAUGCCAUUUAUUUGGCCGCGAGCCCGAAGGUGAUAUCUAACGGCACUCAUGGUCAGUACUUCGUUCCUAUUGCAAAGCCGUACGAGACAACUGCCAUUGCUAGUGACAUGAAACUCACUCGUGGUAUUUGGGACUGGAUAGAGAUCAAAGCAGCAGAGGCUCUAAGCCCCGAAGAACUAGACCAAGCCCGUACCGUCGAUAAAUAA